UCAACAGGGCUUAUCAUACACAGGUUUCAUAUAGACCCGACUGUAAUACUUAAGUAAUGCGCCUCGACUUUGCUAAAACUGACGAUGGCGCGCGUGGCUAGACUGAGUUACAAGAAUUUAAUGGAAUUUAAUGAGGAUGAGACGCCAGACAAGAAGACUAAGAUAUCUGACCAAUCGCCGGCUGGCGUCGAUUUUGGUGCCUUUCUUGUGACAUCCGUGCAACAAACCAAUCCAACUAGGAGGCCCAGUCAAAAGCCAACGCAAUGGAGAAGUGCAUCAGCUGCUGUUAUACGUAGACGCAAUACUACCGAUGUAAACCUGAGAAAACUAUCUCUUUACUUUGGAAAAGAUGUUCCAACAUCAAUGUGGUGGCGUUACAAAUUAGACGCUGUGAGUGAAAAGAAAGUGCCUGUUCCAGCCCCUCCUAAAUUCGUACAGACCUAUCAAACUGAACCGCGUGUGGCUUUCAACUGUUCUGUCGUUGAUAGGAUAAUUCAUGAUACUUUACACACCCACUUAGAUGGUGAAAAAUACGACCCGCACACAGCUGGGGGACUGGUGAAGACGCUCACUAAUGUCAUUCAAUACCGAGUAAAAGCCGAAAAGUUCGAGAGGUAUCGAUUGAUUGUGCAAGUGUACUUAGGCCACCCGCGCGACCAACAUCUUUUAAUAUCGAGUGCGUUUUUAAUCGACAGCGAACGAGACAGAUUUAGUCGUGCAAACUUCUGUUCACCAAAUAUUUUUGCUGUUUGUGUUGUAUUUGGAGUGUACUUAGAUUAGUUCAUCGCCGUGUGUUGGAGAAAGUAGGCCCUAUGUGAGUCAAACUUCGAUAUGGCUUUCACCAUAGCAAACUUGGCGACCCACCAUCCGUUAAACUAUUUUGUUUUUGUAUGUAAACUGUUUAUAUUUCGAUUGAAAACGCCUAAAAGGUUAAGGGAUCAGUCAGUAUAUCAUCAGACAAAGAAGGAGGAUGUAACAUCAAAAUAUUUGAUUGUAUUGAGAUAUGUUAGAGACCUGGACUCGUUGUAAACAUCGACUUUUUUUUAAAUGUAUUAUUUUUAUCUGUUACGUUAAGUUAUGCCCCUUAAUUACUUUGGAAGUAAAGGGGCAUCACUUUUUAAUGAUACUUCAAUGUUCAGCCCAUUGAUGGCGCCCGGAUUUGAUCGACAAGCAGGGCUCGAUGUACCUAAUGGUAGGGGUAAUUGGUAAGCCAAAGGUCGCCAUCAUACUCUCGGGGUGGGUUGGGGGUCCAGAGGGCGAAGCUUUAGAAAGCUCAGACUCUUUUUACUGAAAUGAGAAAUUCUAUCAGAUAACUUAAAAUGACAGAACAAGCAUGGAGUACAAAAAUAUUUUAUUCUAUAUUAUGCCCAGUGACUUAAUUUUCUUUGUACAUAAACGACGCGUUCGGUUGGCUAACAAAGUAUUUUGGCGACCUCAUUGGGUCUCGACCAAGACAUUAGGCGUUGAUUCAACGACUGGGUAAUAAUGCGAAGAGAACAACACUGAGGCCUUCUCUUGGCAUGAUGCGCUAUAAAAAUUACUAUAGCUAUUAUUAUUAUCCACUUGCCUGUGUCGGACACCAAAUAUAAUUUAUUACUGUUAUUGUCAUUAAAAUUCGUGACCCUAUCAAAAAUAAUUGAUUAACACUUAGUUUAGAUUACUAAAUAUUCUAUUGUACAUAAACUUCCUGUGAGGCGACACUACACAUAUUUUGACGACCACACUUUAGGUCGGGACCCAUAUAGUUUGAAAGGGAAACCGAUUAUUUGUUCUGAGAGCGCCGCCUCAUAUAUGUCAUGGAUCCGCUCAGGUUGAUUAAGAGAAUCUACCUCAUUCGUUUUAUACUAUAUUAUCCAAUGAUAGCUCGUCCUCCAAUUCGAGACUACCCUUGAGACUAGAACAUGGCGGUCUCGGGUUUCGGUCUCCCAAUCUGUGUUGCUAGUUUGAAUAUUGUUAUUGGGUCCUUUGGAAAAAAUGGUCUCGUAUUAGAGGUGUUAGUGCACUGUAAACAUUUUAUAUUAUAAAGGCGCACAUACGACGCGACAUUGCGUUCAGAUCGUGUAAUGCUGAUGAUGUAGAGUUUAGAAAACAUUUAUUUAUUGUUGAUCCAAUUACUAGUUAGUAACACGAUGUAUCAUUGUAUGAAACUUAAGCAUCGGCGUCGACCGACGUGAUUCUACGAAGACUGCAUCAUCAUCUAAAAUGUAAAGUCCGUGUGUGUGAUAGCGGUAUGUUCGCUUGAACAUCUCGGAUUGGUCAAAGAUACAUAACGCUUACUAGGUUUAUAUGUGGUACUUCAUCACGUCAUAAUGCAAUAUUCAUACAUCGACAAAAAAAAAAUCUGAAAAUUUCUCCCAUUAACUUUGCAAAUACUGCUCAGAAAUCGUCCAAGAAAAGUUUAAAAAUCAUUUACUUUUUAUUGCAGGUAAUCAUUAAGUUACCGUAUCUCAUUGUCAAACUGUUCCAAUUAUUAUACCUUUAUAAUAGGCCUAUUAUACUUAUUUAUUUAUUAGAAGUUUAGUGUAAGCUUAUAUUAAAACGUGCCAUUUUGUGUUCAAGCUCUGCUUGAUAUGGUCACGUCACUUAUAGUAGUAGUUAAGCCAGGGCACUCACUGCGUCGUACGGCGAAUCGAGCUCUCUAAAGCGACGCUUUCUGCUCAUUGUCGGCGAGUCUAAAGCCUUGUUCGCACUGGAUUUAAAAAAUGGUAAAUUUAACCAGGAUAACUUUAACCAAAGUCAUGGGUACAUUUCACCAUUGUUCGCACUUGGAUUAUUCACGCGGUUAGUUUUACCAAGAUUUAACCUUGUGUAUAAAAAUAUUAUUGAGGGCGCUAGUUUGUGACUUCAACUUCCGGUUUUGUUCGAGCGGUGUCAACAUGGAAGAAGUUUUAACCGUGUUGCACGUUCGGAUUGGACUUCUUGACCAGUUAACCGAGACCGUGGUAAGUUUUACUGGGCAGGCUAAGGUCGGUAAAAUUAACCAUUCGGCUUGGUUAAUUUAACCUUGAGGGAAUUGUAACCGACGUUCAGAUUGGAUUUUUUUGGUCAAUUUAGACAGUGACUCGGUUAAUUUGACCAAAUUAAGUCCAGUGCGAUGGGCUUAAAUGGAUUAAAAAUGCUGUUGAGCGCGUGUCGUGACGUUGCGUUCUUCAUACAUCGACCGACGGCCGUCGAGCGCAGUUAGUGCCCUAUAAUAAUAAUAAUAAAAACUUUAUUUAACUACGGAAACACUUGUUUACCGCAAUGGUGUUUUUCAACAAGGCCGUGAAGGCAUUGUACAACUCAACAAAGCAGAAAUUAAAAUAAAAAGGUAAAAAUAGACUUAUUAAAAAUUAUUUUAUUUAUUAUUUGGACAAGAGAAAAAUCUUGGUAAACCUGGAAAAUAAAAACGCUCAAACAUUCAGUUAGUACAUUGAAACGUAUGGUAUGAACUUUAAAUGAGACAACAAUGGAAACACUGCAGUUUUCCCUGAUUUUCAGACUGUUUUAUGCCUACUACAAAAUCAUUACGGUAUACUGUCUUCCAGCCAAAUUAAUUGUUUGUGCAAAGAAUAUACAGUAGGAACAGUUUUCUUUACGUCUACUAAUUUGUUGGGAAAACAUUUUUUCUCGAUUAAAUUUAUUGAAAGCAAAUAGAAA